GAUGUUCAUGAAUUCUGUAGAUCAGGAACUACUUCAUGUACUACUAAUACUCGUCUACUUUCUCCAUUGCUAAACCAAUCUAACAACGUUCAUUCAACCAAAGGAAUAAUUAAUCUCACCCAAACUCUCAAAGAUAUCAAAAUGUUAACAAAAUUCACCGCCCCCCUGGUAUUCCUCUUCCUACGCACAGCCAUAUGCACGCCCCUUACCUCUCAUCUCCAAGCACGGCAAUCCGUCACCCCACCCCCAGAGUGCGACGUCAUACCUACCUGGGAAGUGACAGAAUUCUCCUGGUUUAAUUCCACGCAUAAUUUAGAUUGCGUUCACCAGGUAAACGUUCCCGAAGUAUGUGUCAACUCCACCGCCAACGGCCUCGUAGGCUGUGACGGCAAUCUCGGUCCCUGCGACGAAUGUGGCUUGAACGGCUGCCUCACCGGUCUUCCCCUGCAGCCUGCUGGCUUCGGCCCUCCAGACGACAUUAAAAUCGGCAUUAACACUCCUAGCGACUACAAUCGAUGUGAGCAAACUAACCCAGCUGGAUUUCGCCGCUACGACGUCGGCGAUGGAGUUGUCUUCUGUGCAGGAGUGGCGUAUCGAGUUUCCUUCAUCGGAGAUAGCAAUCCCACCAGUGACGGUUCGCCAAAUAAGGGAACGCUUUAUUAUGAACCGAACCAUCAGUGGGCUUGUACGAAUGGAAGCGUUAUUCAAGGGUCUGGGAGUGUAGAGUUUGAACUUGAUUGUUCAUAUGAUUCGGGCAGUAAUGCAACUUGUGUUAUCCCUGAGGGGAACAAUGUUGUUAUUCCCCUCCUAUCUUAUACGAUCAUUUAGAUAAUUAGCUUAUGAAAUUGGGUUUCCCAAUAAGAGGAAAAUAGUCAAUAUCGUGUCGAAUAUAUAGUCUAAAGAUUAUCAAUCCACCCCGUGUUAGCCUGCAAAAAUGCUUUCGUGUUCGCAAGAGGUAAUUAAUCAUCGGAUA